GCCAAUAACAGCAACAUUUAUUUAAAUAAAAAAAUGAAUAACGCAAAUCGUUUAUUUUAUAUUGAAGAACUGAUUAUAAAUUUAUUUCACGAAAUUAUUUACGAAUUCGUUUUGUUUAUUAUUUCUAAACAAAAAUAAAGAUGCCAUUGUAAAAAAAUGCAGUAACUACCAAUUAAUUUUACAAAAAGCUUGCCAUAUCUCUGUAAAAAAUGCAUAUAAGAACGGGCUAUUUAAUAUUUAAUUUUAACGAUUUCAUGUCAUUCGCUUGAAUGAAUAGUUGUUUGAUGUAGGUCCCUUCAAGUAAUUGCUAGAAAAUCGUAAAAAAGGCCACAUCCUUUUCCUAUUGAAACCAAACUUCAUACAUACAUAAAGUAUUCUAUAUUUUCAAUUUUAGGAAACAUGAAACAUAUGAAAUGAAAUGAAAUACAGCCCUGAGGUAUGCACGCAUCCUGCCAGAAUUAUUCAAAAUUAUAGGCAACAAGUUGCUUUCAUUUAUUAGAUAUUUUUUGUUCAUUUUUAAAGUGAGUCAAAUAGCGCUAAAGAUGAAUGAAAUGUCUGGAUGUUCUCUCAAAAAUAUGAUCCUAAGUGUUCAAUCUUUCCAUGGCAAAUCUGCUUAAUAAUAUUAAUGCGCGCGCCGCAAUUUAAGUUUCUUCCAAUAAUUGAUCUUGAAAAUAUUUUGUUUUUGUUUUACAAAUUACUUUGUAAUGUUUGUAUCAGAGUUGCUUUUUUAUAAACACAGAAGGGACAGAAGCCAGAUAAAAAUUGUAAAUACAUUUUAACUCUGCAAAUACCUUUUUAUUGUACCCUGAUUAUAUUUUUCUCAUGAAAACCAGCUGGUUACCAAUUUAAAUGUCAAUAUCCAUUAUUGUGAUUGAAAUCACAGCAUAAAAGGUAAACAAAAUUUGACAUAUGGUCUGAAUUUAGAGUUUUGCUUGAGCACCUUAACAUUACUCCAUGCUUAUAAGAUUUUGUUGCUUUUCGCUCGGGAAAAUUAUUGAUUGCAAUUGCAAGAACAGUUUGUAAAUAAUCAGUAAAGAGAUGGAUACUUACAAUAUAGUAUCAAUAAUUGAUAACGAAACUGGGGCGGCGACGGAUCCAAGAGUAAAAAACCCAAUGGCUGACAAGCCAUGUUCAUCUUUGAAAGUGGCUGUGCCCGAACAGAAAUUUCCAUCCUCCAAAUGGAUUAAACUAAACGUUGGAGGCAAGGUUUUUCAAACUACAAUAUGGACUUUGGUGAGCAAAGAACCGGAUAGUAUGUUGGCCCGAAUGUUUUCUCAAGAGGGUGCCAUGAUGCCCAGCGAUCAAGAUGAGACUGGAGCAUAUUUAAUUGAUCGCAGUGCCCAUUAUUUCGAACCAAUCAUUAAUUAUCUAAGACAUGGUCAACUUAUUGUUGAUCCCAAUAUAAGCUUAGAAGGAGUAUUGGAAGAAGCUAAAUUCUAUGGAUUGGAAUCCCUGGUCAGUCAGUUGGAAGAACAAAUAAUGCAAAACAAUCAAUCUUUAGAUAAUCAGCCAUUGACCCGAAGAGAUGUCAUUAAAGCACUUAUACAGACAUCACAUAUAACAGAAAUACGUUUCCAAGGUGUAAAUUUAGCUGGUGCUGAUUUAAGAAAACUGGAUUUUCGUAACAUAAAUUUUAAGUAUGCCUGCAUGCAGAGAUGUAACUUAUCUCAUGCUAAUUUAACAUAUUGUUGUUUGGAGCGCACUGAUCUAGCAUAUGCCAAUUUAGAAUGUGCCCAACUGAUAUCCGUAAAAGGUUUAUGUGCAAAUAUGGAAGGUGCGAAUUUAAGAGGAUGCAAUUUUGAAGAUCCAUCAGGCUUGCGUACCAAUCUUGAAGGUGUGAAUCUGAAGGGGGCUUGUUUGGAAAGUUCAAAUAUGGCAGCAGUAAAUCUACGCGUUGCUAAUCUCAAGAACGCAAACAUGAAGAAUUGCAAUUUACGCUCUGCCGUAUUGGCCGGUGCAGAUUUAGAACGUUGCAAUCUAUCUGGAAGCGAUUUACAGGAGGCAAACUUAAGAGGUGCAAAUCUAAAAGAUGCAGAGCUUACUCUUAUGGUUACACCGCUGCAUAUGGCUCAAGCCAUACGCUAACGAUUAUUAUGCCUAUAUGGCUAAAAUAUUUCCAUUCUGUGAUGUUUCUUAAUUUGAGCGACAAUUAUGUUCGCACAAAAAAUGGAAAGAAAAUAACUUAUUAUUUACAUAUUUGGUAUAUUCCCCACUAUACAAUUCUUUUUUAAAUUACAUUUUAUUUACAAUAUAUUUGUAAUAUCCCA